AUGGUCACCAUGACCACCCACACCACCACCACACUCCUCGCCUUCACGGCAACGUCGCCGGCAUGGCCCGCCAUGCCCUCCCUCACCACCAUCAACCUCGGGCGCGACAUCGCCAUAGAAGUCCUCGCCAUAGAGGCACAUCAGAACCGCCUUCGGGCACUACAAGAAGACGAGCUCAAGGAGUUCGAGACGAUUUCCGGUGAGUUGUUGCUUUGCGUGCAGCGAUUUGAAGCGUUUUUGGCGAGAUGGGAUGAGGAGGUUUUGGGGAAGGGGAUGGAUGAGGGGAUGGAUGAGGGGAUGGAUGAGGGGGAGGGGGAGGAGGAGAUGGAGGAGGGAGAGAUGGAGGAGGACGAGAUGGAGGUCGACAAAGAUUCGCCUUCACCACCACCACCACACGGGCCCGAGCGCCCCCAGCGCCUCGACCCCACCGCCAUCAACGCCAUCAGCGUAGGCGACAUCGGAUGGGCGCCACUCCCCCGCAUGGCAGCCACCUCGCGCGACUGGUUCGUCCCGUCGCAGUACGGCCAGAUCUGCAUCAAGGUCUAUCCAUUCAUCAUCGUCAAGAAGAUGGACGACUGCAUGAUCGGCGCCGUCAUCUCGAGCGGCAACGGCAAUGGCCUCCGCCACAAGCAGCCUUCGCUCCGUGCGCGCAGCACGUACGUCGUUGGAGCCACUUUCCGCGGCUUCGACAAUGUCUCUUACGGAUGGGGCAUGGGGCCCGAAAAGAUGAAUCUGGAGGUGGAUCGGACGGCGGGGGCGUAUGAGCCCAGGGCUGGUGCAUUCGUGGAUGUACUGGAUACGUACCAGAUCCCGUACAACGCGAGGUGGAAGAAAGAGGGGCGCCUGACGUACACCAGCCGGGUGGACUUGCUUCGGAUGAGGCAUGCGGUGCUGGAGAAGGAUGCGCUUGGGUGGAGGGGUUGA